CCGGCUUGAGCAGCGAGACUAAUGAACGUCCGCUUGUGUAAAUGGGUGAUCGCCAGACCGCACGGCCAUGGAUGGGCGGACAGGGAAGAGAGGCCACGAUGGCUUUGUCCGUCCAAACUUGUCUCCAUUGGCGCAUCUUGCCAAGCAAGAGCAAAUGCGACGGUGGAAAGGCCCAGAAAUCCAAUGCUAUCAGCUUCAUGGAGUCUCCAGCAAUCGAGCAUCAUGCAAUGUAAUCUCUGGCGCGAAGACCGUUGCGGUGCAUUCAUGGUCGACUAUCAUUAAGCUUUUUGUAGCGCAUGUGUAUCAGAUCGACGAUUAUGAAAAAUUCAAACCGGGAAUGGAGGAAUCACCAGAUCCUUUCCCAAUUGAACCAUGUUGCUCGAUCAUUCCAGUAUCUGAAGAUGAUCCCCGCCAGGAGUUACGAGGCCAUAAGAAGGUUAUUGCCGAUAUGGACAUAAAGAGAAAUCAAGUUAUCGGCGUCUUUGAAGGGAAAACCAUGUUCGAAGCGGAGCAGUUAUACAGUGUCAAUGUGCUAAAUCGGUUACAGAACGAAAGGAACACCGUUGAAUACGCAUCAGUAGCCGAUGUCGAAUACCAGCUGAACCCAAACGACGUCAAAGAAUUCCCAAUGAACGCGUCGGAGAAAGGGACCUUCAAGUGUCCGCUAAUUGUCAAGGGCGAAGAAACAACAGGUUACUACAAGUGGACGACAGAGCUGAACGAUUUCCGUUUGGAUCCAUUCAACCUGCGGGGGCUUGGAGAUGGAGAAGGACAGCCAAAUGUCAAACUUGUAGAAGUUAUCCUGUUCAACUGGCCGCAUAUCUUUGUCAUGGCCAGAAGUGACAUAGCAAAGGGUGAAGAACUCCUUCUCGACUACGGGCAAGAAACGUGGUCGACGAUUCGAAGCGCGUAUCGGGAUUGGAAGGUUGUCGAAAAUAUGAUGAAUGACAUAGUCAAACCACUUGGCGAAAAUCUACAAAGGAUCAAUACCCUUCUUCAACGUGUUUCCGCCAAACAAGCUGAGCUAGAAGACUCAAUUCAAAGCUUGGGCAAAAUCUUUCGCAUGGAAAAUGCGGCUGAGGAAGAUCGACUGGAUGCGGCCCAUGUGGACAGUGCCCUCGAGGAUCUUGCCGUCGCAGUGCGAUCUCUAUUCGAACCCACGUCAAUGCAAAUCAACCCCAAAAUCCGGGAUCUCCGUAAUCGUCUUCAGCUAAUACGCGACGUCAUCACACCAUUGACAAAUAGUGCAAGCAUUGCUGACGGGCUAAUGGACAUUGCUAGCGAUGUGUCAAAAUCUUCUACACGGUCAAAUGGCCCGAAUUCGAUAAAGGAAUCAAUGUCCAAUACUAGAGGACGAAGCUCGUCGCAUGACCACGAGCACCAUCAAUCACUAGUGCACACUCUAGUUCAAGGGUCUUCUUCACGACAUGAUGCUGGGGCAGGUCGAUUGCACGGCUUGAACGACUCCUUGCCGGUCGCGUUGGAGAACGGAACCUUUGCCACAGAUGGUCCGGAGGAUCUUUAUCGUUCCACAACGCGUCCGGCCACAGUUUCUCCUACCAGAAGCGAUCAAUCCUUGAAGCGAGGACGAGCGAGCUCUGUAGCGAGUACUGUGACUCCGGUUAAACGGGCAAAAAUGAUAUUUCGGCAUAAAACGGAUACAGUUGUACAAAGGCUCUGUGGUGCGGUUUUAGCAGACUUACUGCGAGCCAACGGAUCAGAUGUUUUUGCAGAACCAGUCGAUCUGGAACGAUUUCCUCAGUAUCUUGAUUUUGUUGAUCAACCCAUGGACUUUGGGACCAUUGGGGCGAAGCUGGACGACAACUGCUAUACGAAAAUACAAGAUUUCGUCAAGGACGUUUUAUUGGUCUUUAUCAAUUGCCGGAAAUUCAACGCACCAGAAACUGGAUACCCACAAAUUGCAGACAGUUUUGAAAAGUUGUUUCAGCGGCGAUUGUCGGAGACGAUUUCCUUUUGUCGGGAGUGUGAAGGGCUGGUUGAAAACAGCGUAUGUACCGAAUGUCAUGCCAAAGUUCGGCGAUCGCAACAGUCGUCGGGUAUGGCCAUGCAGGAAUUGAUUAAAAAGUUUUUCGGGCUCGCGCCAGGUCAACGUGUUGUCGCGCAGUGGCCCGAGAAUAACGUGUUUUACGAAGGAAGAAUCGUUUCAAGACAGGCUUUGGACAAGUACAUUGUGGAUUUUGGAGAUGUUGAAGAGGAAAUCAAGGCCGAUCGCAUUCUCAUUUCCCCCGAACCGGGCCUUGAUUCGGCCCAACUACUACCGGCUCAUGCCAAAGUACUGGCACUACUCCCUAGCCAGUUAGAUGAGUGGGAAGAGGAACGAAUCUACCGAAAGUUCCUUCCAGCGCAUGUUCUGUCAUCCAAUGUCGAAAGUGUGGACAUCAAAUUUUUUAUGGGCUUAAUGACUACGAGACAAAGGAAAGAAGUAAUACGCAUCGAUCAGGAUCUAUAUCGAAUACUUAUUGAUGAAAUCCGGGAGAAAGCGGAUGCCGCCUCCGUACCGCCCGCCAAAGUUGUCAAAAAGGGGAAGAAAGCGAUGGCUCAUGUCAUAAUACCCAAAGUGACUCCAAAGGUGGAGGAGCCGUCUUCGCCUGUUCAUACUACGCGAGACCAAGCUUUUUCGACCAAAUCACCGGAGGGAACCCAUCAUCAACCACCAUCAUCAGCAGAGGCCAUCGUUGAUCCAUCUGGGCCCGUUCAUACUCCUCUUCCGAUCAUAACCCUACCGAACAGCGUCCCUGCAGUGGAGAAUAAUAAAUCACGCACUCCUGCCGCACGAACUCCCAAAAGCUCCCUUCGAUCCUCACCACGGUCCAACCGCUCUGUCAAGUACAAGGUACUACCCAUGACGAUGACGUUGAAACAGCUCCGAGAAGCAAGGUAUACCCAGGACGAUGUCACGUCCGACGACGAUGAUGAGAUUGACCGGUCAGAGAAGGAAACAAGAGAAACGGAUAUGGAGUUUGUGGAUUCGGAUUCCGAUGUCAUGGUUGUGGAAGCGGACGAGCGGGAUCAGAAGGGAGAAAUUAUCGAGGUGCAGGGGUCGUCGAAUGGACCGAUUCUUGUUGAUGAUACAGAGCGUCGGGAGAUGGUUACAUCUCAUGAAGGUGUUUAUAUUGUGGACUAGGAUGGGGAAAUAUUUUUGCUUUGACCGUCAUGUUGUAAGCAGGUCAAGUUUGUGUCUGUAGACCAAAGCAUCUCUGACAUUGGUCAGUAUAUUGGAUCAAGACAAAUCUUUGCAAAACAAUUUUAGGAUGUCCCAGCGGCCUAGUUGUAACUUUGGUUUUCAGUCUUGAAAUACUUUUUUAGGACAAGUGAUACAUUUUUCACUCUAGAAAUAAUAUGCAUAUAUACAUGUUCCAC